UUGAAAUUUUAAACGAAAACUUUCGCAAUGUUAUCAAGGAUCAGAAGCUUCGUAGCGCGAACGCAACACUAAAGAAAAUAUUGCGAUACAGCAGAAAACAAUAAAACCAUCUGCACACUAUCCCAAAAAGGUUUACCUUCAAGUAAUGCGGAGGAGAGUGUUCGCAGGGGUCUUCUACAAUGGUUGGAGGAGCGGAGACUGCGCAUGUUCGGCGGCGAACAUCGCGGGCUGGCGAGAGCCACUCCAGUCCGCGUACGGAACCCGGGCACGCCGCGUCGACGCCCGCGGCCUCGCGCACUCGCCCGCAAUGUAAACACUACAAACUAGUUCUUUUUUAAUUGGUGCACCGUACUUGUGACUAUUGUGUGAAAGUUUAAAUAAAGUUCGACUUACAAAGGACGGUCUUUCCGAGUGCAAUAGGUACCGUGGCCUUGUCUUCGAAGAGUGGAUGAAGUUGAGACAUUUUUGUUAGUUAUUUGACUGGAAUUAAGAUGUGCAAUGUGAAGUACUACUGAGUGCAGUGACGGUGUUAGUGUAUAGUGAUCGGUGGACAUGAUGUGAACAGACAGACGUCACAAUGUGGGCGGCCCGGCUCAGCUGUAUCUUCAUAUUGUUCGGUGUAACAGCCGGCGGCGGCGGCUGGGAGCCUCUCGGGACCCCCUACUUCGACAACAGCACGAAGCGCGAAGCCACCGCCGCCGUGGGCCAGCCCGCCUAUCUCCACUGCAGAGUACGAAACUUGGCCGAUAGAGCGGUGUCCUGGAUACGUAAACGUGACCUGCACAUCCUCACAGUGGGCGUUCACACAUACAGCAGCGACGCUCGGUUCGCCGCACUCCACGCUGACGGCUCUGACGAGUGGACGCUUCGGGUGUCGCCUGCGCAGCCCCGCGACUCCGGCGCGUACGAGUGUCAAGUGUCAACCGAACCCAAGAUCAGUUUGUCGUUCCGGUUGACUGUUGUUGUGUCAAAGGCGGAGAUAUUGUCGGGGCCCGAGCUGUUUGUCAGGGCUGGAUCGGACAUCAAUCUUACUUGUGUGGCGAAACACGCCCCUGACCCGCCGAGUUUCAUCUAUUGGUACCGUGGCGAGCAAGUAGUGAACUACGCACAACGCGGCGGCAUCAGCGUCGAGACGGAGCAGCGUACGCGCACAAGCCGACUUCUCAUCGCAAGGGCGGCGCCGCAUGACUCAGGAAACUAUACUUGUGCACCUAGCAGCUCUGAGUCGGCGUCAGUGAUAGUGCACGUGCUGAGCGGCGAGCGGCCGGCGGCGAUGCAGAGCUCGGGCUCGACGCCGCCGCGGCUCAACCGCGCCAUCCUGGCCACGCUGGUGACGCUGUCCACCGCGCGCCAGCCCCGGCCCGCACUACUCGUCGCUCUCCCCCUCGCUGCACAAUACUUCACCAUCCCAACACUACUCAUCACCAUCCUCUUCGUCAAUGCGAUCCUUCGAUCCUUAUCGAAAUUCACGACGGCCUCUACUGUCGAACCGAAAUCUUCAAGAUGACCUAUUAGUGCAAACUCGACUUCCUAAACGUUUUAAACUUCGGAAGUAUUUUAUAUGAUUGAGUGAACUAGAAGAUUUGUGUCGGUAAUUCGGAUUCCGUUAUCUGAAUUGAGCGCAUAUAAAAUACAACGAUAAUAUAGACAGUAAUGUUUCCUGUGAGGUAAUUGUAAGGCGAUAAAUCAAUAGCGUAUGGUCAAUUUAAAUAUAAUAAAUAUUUUGUUAUUAAUUUCUAAAUUCCCGCUUUAUUUUGGUACGGGCCCGAGGGCUCUAAUGAUUCCGAUAAAUAACGACCGAAGAGAUUAAUGUGACACGCAUGAGGUAAUCCUUCUGAUGAUUUAUCCAAUGUUGAACCUCCUUUGUUCUCUCAGCUAACUACGUUCGUCUUAAUCCGGUACCAAGAUUACAAGCAAAUCGAUUUCGUUAGUCCAACACAGGAAUAUACCGAGAUUCAAUCGAAGCGAGAAGCUUAUCUAUGCGUUACGUAUCUAAGCCGCCAGUUGCUCUCUUUGCCACGAUAUUUGCGUUCAAUCUAAUUGAACAGUCGAAUUGUACUAGUCUUGUAUAUUGUGUUGGUUGGAUAGAGGAUUUAUUUGUAUGAGGACAACUAAUUAAUAAUAAUUUAUCACUAAAACCUGCCUGUUUUGUUUGAUUGAGUUUUCAUUAUAUUCGCGUAACAUUUAUAACAUAAUUUAUAGAGCUUUUAGGUGAUACAGUUUUACGUAUGCAUUACGGCGGUUUUUAAAUUAAUUUUGACCAACACCGCUGAAUUCCUUUAAAAAAUAUGUUGUUAGUAAGAAUUUAGAAUUUUCUUGUUGCAAUUUUCUGAGGAAAAUUUACAAUUGUAGACUAGAGGUUUUCUGUGAGAAUGAUUUCAUCUACAAACGACUUCUCCUCUGGUGCGCUCAGACAUAAAAUGAGGCUAAAUCGAGUUGAUUUCUCAGUCACCACGAGAACAUUUUACUUCGCUUUCCACAGUUCUCAGAAAUUUAUACGAGGUCGUCAAUCUUAAAGUGGCUUUGCAAUGAGCACUCUAAUGUCCCUCAACAUCAAGUUGCUUUGACAUGUGCUAUUCAAAUCCCAGCUCUCCCCAGUUUAUUAUCACAAAAUUUGUGUAAGUACUCGCUAUCCACAAUAGAGACACAGGCACUUAGUAAAACUCCAGACCGAAAUUCCCUCGACUUUUUAACAACGAAACAGCGCAUACCUUUUUUGUAAAUUCGUCUGACUUUUCACAUUUCACAGCGUUACUCUGAAAUAAAAUUACACAAUCAAAGUUUAGAAUUAGGGUUGCUUUAUUGACCAAAAUAAAAGACAUUCUGCUAAAACUUCUUUCGAGUGACAGCAAGAAACAAAUUACGUUGGUACCUCAGGCCUUAUUCUUUCCGAGUUUACUUCACGUUACGAAGCCUGCAGAUUGCCACUAAACAUUGCUCUCAGUUGUGUAUUUGUUCUGUCCUCAUUCCCUUACUUAUGUCAGCAGUCCGAACAAAAACAAUUUUAUGACUUUCCAAGUUAGAAGAAAGGAAAACACGAGGUCGUUUUGCUACUAUGUCAAUAUUCAAUCUUUGUUACUUUGUAGAUAUUUACAUCUGUUUAAAAUUUAAAUAAAAUUCUUGUCAAAGGCAAGUUUUACUGUAUAAAAUGUUAAUUUUUCUCUAGAUGAUUUAUAGAACAUUGGCUAUUGUACCUUUGUAUUUGAAAUAUAAUAAAUUAAAUCAUGUUUAUAUGUAAGUUUUAGGCAAUAUGUUGUAAAUACUAGACGAACGAUUGUAAAUAUUCGACAAUGUAAAUAAAAUGAUUUGAAUGUUAUGUUUGUAAUGUCUUGACAGCCAAAAUACAUUUAUGUAUUCAGAUUACUUUGGCAACGGUUUCCAACGUCGCCAUCUUUAACGAGUAGUUAUCAAAAGGGUUGUGUAAUAAACUAUCAAAAUGUAGUUGUAUUCAAAUACGUUACCUAACGAUUUAUAAGAAUACAGAACAUAGUAAUAAAACCAAU